GAGCCGCGGUUGAGUCUCGGUGACAUCAGCAGGAUGUAAAUGCAGCGGCUCGCGGCCUGAUCGCUCUUUUUCCUCUGCCGUGCUGUAGGAGCGGUUGGCCUGCUCUCUGUCUCUGAAGAUUUUAACACCCAAGCCGCAAAAUGAUCAUCUACAAGUGCAUCAUCAGCAAUGAUGAGAUGUUUUCAGAUACCUUCAAAGUAAAAGAAACUGAUAGCGGAAUCUUCUAUGAAGUUGAAGGAAAGACGGUGACCAGGACAGAAGGGUUCGACGACGCUUUGAUUUCAGCCAACGCCUCUGCUGAGGAGGCGUGCGAAGGCAACGAUUCGGCCACCGUCUCCGGCGUCGACAUCGUCCUCAACCACAAGCUGCAGGAGACCGGCUUCGACAAGAAGCAGUACAUGGCCUACAUCAAGGAAUACGUCAAGACGGUGAAGGCCAAGCUGCAGGAGACCAACCCUAACAGAGUGGAGAGCUUCAUGGCUGAGGUCCAGCCAGAAGUCAAGAGGAUCCUCGGCAACAUCAAGAACUAUCAGUUUUUCACAGGGGAGUCCAUGAACCCGGAGGGCAUGGUGGGCCUGCUGGACUACCGUGAGGACGGCGUCACACCGUACAUGCUUUUCUUCAAAGACGGCCUGCUGGUUGAGAAAUGUUAACUACCUGGAACAUCAUCUGCUGUGUAAUUGACUGCUGCUCCCCAAAAAGCCCCCAAACGCAGACUGCUGGAGCGUUACUCUACAUCAUGUCUGAACGGAUCCUCGUCCUGUCCACACUGGCCCGCAGCACCACUAAAACUGUGGGGAAUCUAUUGCCAUUUGGUCACCAAAUACAGUUUUUAACUUUCUUGUUUUCCUUUUGGGCCAGCGCUCAUGUUGAAAACGAAACGGCAGGACAGAAAGUGAAGCUCCGACUCUGGCUGCAAAGCAGUUUUUUUUCUGUUUUAGCAUCAAGUUUGACAUCCAUGGCCUUCAUCAUGCUUGGGUUUCUGGUUGUGUUAAACGAGUCCAUCUCCAAUGCAAAGACUUCAGGUUCAAUUUGAAAAUAAAAAGUACCUCUACUUUAA